AUGCUUUUCGACCAUGAAAAAGGUAGAAUGACUUGCGAUCAGCUGAUAGCUGAUCUUAUGACAAAGAAAAACAGAGAGAAUACAUAUCCGUUUAUGGAAUGCAAUUAUCGAAAUAUUGUACUUGUUGGAAGAACACGUACUGGCAAAUCUACUAUUUCCUGUAUGAUAAAAAAUCCAUUUCAUAUAUCUGAACGACCAAGUAUAUUUUCAAAUACUCGAGAAAUUACAUUCAAUCGAAUAAUGACAAAACAUCAAGAAAAUGCUCACUUUUUUACUAUCGUCGAUACUCCUGGCUUGUUUGAUUGUGUGAGAGAAGCUGAUAAGCGUAUUUCUAAUGGAAAAGUGCAAGAACUUCUUAAUGAAUGUAUUACUAAAGAUAUAACUCAUAUUCAUGCAUUUGCUUUUGUCUUCAGCAGCAGUUCUGGUAUGAAUCAAGAAGAUAUUCAAUCGAUGAUUUUUUUCCAGACAAAUUAUCCUGAAUUUAAAAAAUUUUCGAUGUUAAUUGUUAGUCAUUGUGAAGAAAAGAAUGCUGAAGAAAGAAAUAAUGUUAUUGAAGAACUAUUUCAACACCCUGCAGUUGUAAAAUGCAACCUACGAGAAUAUUUUGGACUGGGUGUCUUUUUCACUGGGUCUCUCCGGUCGGAAUUACGAAAUUGUCCAAAUUUAAAAGCAGCCACAAAUCAAAUAACAAAUAUUUUAACAAUGCGUGAGCAAUUAAUUGAUUUUCUUGUAUCCAGAGAAGAAACGUACAAUAUUCAUCGUAAACAUGACACUGAUUUAGUACCGAAAGUGGUUCCUCGACGAUCUAGUAUCAAUACUAUUUUCAUGAUAAUUAUGGCCCUAAUCUUCGCGUUUCUGGCCAUAAUCUUCGCUCUUCUAGACAAAUGCUAG